GGCGGUUCUUCCGAGGAGCCCAAGCACAUACAAAGGUUCUACAAUAAUAAUGUUCAUCUGUGGGCUCAUCUAUGAUAUAAACACGUUCAUCGCGAGUGCUUUCCAACGUAUUUACUUACCAUCGCUGAUAGACUUUGAAACGAUAACUACAGCAUUUAACAUCAAGAACUCAUUUCCUAGUUUUAACUCAGUAAAAGCUUCGGUUCUCUCUUCAGAUUAAACACAAAGGAGCUGGGUAGACCGACCGAUUUCCUUCCACACCCGCAAUAAUUAGCCGACUUAGACUCCCAUCUCUCCCAGCAAUCCUAGCAGAAAUGACUGUCUGGUUGAUUAGGGGCACCACAUCAGGCAUCGGCGCCGCUAUGAUGGAGCAAUUCGCCGCUCGUGACGACACAAACCAGCGAUUCUCCGAGAAAAAAAUCGGACAACAUCUUUCCCCUCGAUCUCGACAUCACCGCGCCUCUCGCCGAGAUCAAACACCUGACCGAGAAGCCAUCCAGGCGUACGGUCACAUUGACGUCGUGAUCAGUAACUCUGGCUUCUCGGUCCCUUGCUCGAUCGAGGAGGCAGAUGCAGCUUUUGAAAAGAAACUGUUUCAUACCAACUUGUUUGGUGCCAUGAACGUUGUCAAGGCUUUCCUUCCUCACUUUCGUGAGCGAAGGGCUGGGACGUUUGGAUUCAUCGGUGCCGGCCUCGGGUGGCUGUCUUAUCCCCUCCUGGGGCACUACGGCAUCGCAAAGGCAGGCCUUACUCUCUUUGCCGAGAGCCUGCAGAAAGAAACCGCUCACCUAGGCAUCAAGGUAGUCGUCUUCGAAGUUGGCGCCUUCGAAACAGGAAUGGGCACAAUCCGCACCGCAGACGGCGAAGGCUUCGCCAACCUCCCCACGAACCCGGACUACCGCGAGGUCGCCGAGAACGCCUUUGGCAGGUUCUUUUCCGACGUGCUCACGAACCGCCCUUCGGACACGCAGAAGUUGCCGGAGGCCGUGUGGCACGUGGUCAAGGGCGAGGGCAUGGCUGUGGGCAGGCCCUUCCCGAUCCGGGUGCCUCUCGGGGCGGACGCGCUGGCUAUCACGAGGCAGAAGUGCGAGGAGCAGCUUCAGCUCUGCAAGGAGUGGGAGACGCCUGCGUGCAGUACUACGAAGGAUGAUUUUGAUUAUGUCAUGAGUCAGGAUUUGUUUGAUCGGUUGUCGAUUGUGAAGAUGUUAGAGUGAAUGCAUCUCCAGUCAAUCAGCUUAGAAAAGUCUUGGAGUGUCAUGUGGCACUUCUGUCAUUUUGAAAUAAAAAAAAGAGUUCACCUCGGUA